UACAAUUUCACGGAGCGAAGAAAAGCCAGCGUUUUACCCCCACUCCAUCAAUUUUCGUCAAGGUGGCGUUACGGCGUUGCUUAGCUAAAAAGUUCAACACGGUUGAACUUUUAGCGAAGCAACGCCGAACGCCGAAAACACGUGGUGACACAGAGAGAAAUAAGUACACGUGGUGACACAGAAAGAACGAAGUUAAAAAAUUAUAAGAAAGAAGUUAAAUAAUUAUAAGUAUGGCUGAAGGGACGGAUAAUUUUACAUCGCCAGAAAAUACAAACGAAAGCCUAUGGAUCGGCAACGAGGAGUUCGAGAAUUUGGAUGAGAUUAUCGCUCGACAUGUGAAUCCCAUGGCCGCUUACGCCUCCGAAUUAUUGGACUUCAAAUACUACAAGCCCAACGUGGAGGGAAUCAAAGACAAAGCAGAGGAUAUACUGAAGGAACAGAAGAAGGAAAAUCCUGGUGGAAUCCCCUACAUCAUAUCGGCAGCUAAGACCUAUCCUGGAAAGUUCCUACUCUCGUAUAUAUCUGCCGCGUACUUGCUGUCGCCACGAGUUCGUUACAGUGACAUCCGAGGGCCUCAGAUUUCGAGCGCAGAUGUUCGGUAG